CAAGCAAUGCUGUGGGUUUAUGCAUAAUACAUCAAAGCUUAAUGUGUUAAAAGUUUUGAACAAGUAUCGUUUACUUCAAAGAGCGCCGACUUGUGUCUUACUUUUUGGGGAGCUCUUGCGACGUUUUCUUGAGGAAACCUGAGACAACGGAGACCCCGUGUGUACACAUCUUUUGUCACGAGCGGUGGCGGGUCACGUGACGGGGGUAUUCCUGAAAAAGCGGUGGUUAAAUUUGUAGGAAGGGGGGCAGGCAGGCUAGUAGGCGUUUGUAUCUGUGCGUGCCGACGGGGUCCUGAAAGCGACCCGCUUGUUAUGUUGGAAUGCCCUCUGGACUGGUCACACCAAGAGUCAAGCCGGGAAAAGUGCUGAUUUGAGCCCUGAGGAUUUGCAAGAUCGCGGUGGUUGCACCGGUGUGGGAUUAAACUGUGAAGUUUAGGACGGAAGGAGAGGAUACAGUUGUGUGUGUGCGGGGCUGCGUCGGGCCCAGACGAGAUCAGGUCUCUCCGCUAAGCCCUGUUGGAUUCAGCGGUUGGCGUUUCGGAAACCGGACAGGAAGGGGUGCAGUGUUAUUCUGUGCGGCUGCCCCCGGGCAUUACGUAUUUGUGUGUGGCGGUGCUGCUUUCUUGAUAUUUCCUCCCGUCGGCUGUCAGUUGAAGUCAGACCACCGCACGAGCACCAGCACAAACCUUUGGUGCUGUCCUCUCUCUCAGUCUUAUUAUCGCGGAGGUCUCUUUUUGGCGUGUGGCCCACUCGGGUAUAAUUCAAAAUUCUCCCUCAGGAUAUCGACAAUCGUCGCCGUGGUAUCGUCGCUGAAGGAGUCAGUAAUCAUAGACCGUAGACCUAAGGCCAGUGUCGCGGCGAGCCUUGUUGUGUCGUCUCCGUGCUAGACGGCCUUCUAAGCACCCUCUUCUUAUAUAAUUUGGCGGUUUGGGAUUCCAUUCGGGCAAGAGAAGAGGUUUUAUCAACAGACAAGAAGUGGAGACCACUCGAAACAGUUUACCCUGCCGACGAUUCCUGACAUUUUUUCCCGUGUUGGUUUUCUGAUACCGGUUCUCUUCGGGCACUUUGCGCCUAUUCGUGAAGAGUUCGCACCACUAGCGUACGGUACAGAACACAAGUCCACUCGGGUCGGGCCUGUGUUGUACUCCAUAUAUUGGCAGCGGUACAACUGGCGGAGUUUUAGGAAGUCAUCUGUUUUUUUUCGUACGGCUCUAUAGCGGGAUAUUUGCUACAAUGAAGUGGAGAGGCGUACAGGAUUUGUUCUGUUACUUCGGACUGUGUUUGCUUUCUGUAGGCCUGAGGGAGACCCUCGCCAACAACUACCAGUACCAACUGUACGCAGACCAGCCUAACGUGUGUCCGUACCAGGAAGUAGCGAUGGUGGGGCAGAGGGAGCCGUGUGUCCGCGCCUUCACGCGCACAGUCAAGGUGUGGAAACCGAACUGUGGCUCGUACCAAGACUGGUGUGUGGGGUAUGAGAGACGAACGGCAUACUACACGGCGUAUCGGCAGGUGUACCGGUCCACAUACCAGACCAACUAUCGCUGUUGCCAGGGCUACCAGCAGCUGAACCGAGAACCGGGAUGCAUGUAUCCCACCUGCAGCAGUGGGGUGUGCUUCAAUGGUGGAAGAUGUAACGGCAACUACCGCUCCCAGCAGACCUGCACCUGUCCCAGCGGAUUCAAGGGACCCAGGUGCCAGUAUGAUGACAACGAGUGUGCACUGCGAAACGGAGGAUGUCAGGACGGCUGUUACAACACCAUCGGCAGCUUCUACUGCAGGUGCCGCCCUGGGUACAAGCUGGCUGAGGACGGCAAGACGUGCGAAGAUGUUGACGAGUGUAAGAUCCACAACGGCGGCUGUCAGCACCAGUGUGUCAACAGACAGGGCGGCUUCUACUGCGAAUGUCCCGAGGGGCAGCGACUACACUCCGACGGAAGGAGUUGCAUAGCUACGGUCAGGCUGGCUGUGGAAGUCUUACCACUGAGGGAAGAAAAUGCCACGUCUGAGCCAGCUGCCAACAGGUGUUCGUACAACAACGGCGGCUGCCAGCAGCUCUGCGUGCCAAACGGCUAUGGUCGACACUACUGCAGCUGCCAGAACGGCUACACCCUGCAACGGGAUGGAUCCACUUGUGAACUGGCCGACCCGUGUAGGGACGGUAGGAAUGGCGGCUGCAUGCACCAGUGUGUUCCCUACAGCGGGCGGACAGAGUGUCGCUGUUACCCCGGCUACCGCCUGGCGCCGGACCGCAAAACCUGCCAAGAUAUUGACGAGUGUGCUUUGAACAAUGGCGGUUGCGCCCAAGGCUGCGAGAACGUGCCCGGCUCCUUUGUCUGCAAGUGCAGCCCUGGGUUCCAGAGAGGCACCGAUGGGAAACAAUGCUACAGGAUUGGGAUGGAGAUCAUUGACUCCUGCGUUCCCAACAAUGGCCGAUGCUCAGACAUCUGUAGACACACCUCCAACGGACCUGUGUGCGAGUGCAAGGAUGGAUACAAGCUGGACUCUGACAACAGGACAUGCAUUGAUGCUGAUGAGUGUACCGACGGCAGCUCCUGUUGUCAGCAAAUGUGUAACAACAACCCCGGCGGCUACUCCUGCACCUGUCACUCAGGCUUCCGCAUCAGGAAGGAUGGCUGCGAGUGUGAAGAUAUAGACGAGUGCUCAGCAAACAACGGAGGAUGCGACCAUAUAUGUAGGAACUCUGAGGGUAGUUUUGAGUGUGAGUGCCGGGGAGGCUUCCUCUUGGACUUUGACAAAGUCACUUGUCUUGCCAACCCCUACCUGCCAACUGAGAUCCCCUUACAGCCAAUCAUCAAGCUUGCUCCAACAAACAUUGAGCCCGUUCUGUACCCGUACCCGGCGGAAAACAACGGAAACGAUGCACUCAUCGGUGCACCAAUCAGACAACAAUGCGCCCGCGGUACGUUCGGGAACCAGUGCCAGCUGACGUGCGAGUCGUGUCUGUUCGGAGGCGUGUGUAACACAGAGGGUGACGGCUGUGACUGCCCUGCCGGACGGGCCGGACUGGUCUGCAAUGAGACUUGUGAUGCUGGUUUCUAUGGGAUGAACUGUAAGAGUGAGUGCAUCUGUCAGAACGGAGGCACAUGUAACCCUGAGGACGGAUCCUGCACCUGUCCGCCCGGCGUGAAGGGAGUCAACUGUGAAGAUGGUUGCCCUGCUGGCUUCUAUGGCCAGAGGUGUGACAAGAAGUGUAACUGUGCCAACAACGGCAGGUGUCAUCGCGUCUUCGGCCACUGUCUGUGUGAACCAGGCUUGUAUGGGAAAUACUGCCACCUCAGCUGUCCUGUGUUCUCGUAUGGCUAUGGAUGUUCGGAGGAAUGCGACUGUGUUCGUGACCAUGCCACAGCCUGCGAGCCCAGGCUAGGGACGUGUCUGUGCAGACCGGGCUAUGUUGGGACAAGAUGUGAAAACAAGUGUGAUCCAGGGUUCUUCGGAGAAGGGUGUAAACAGAAAUGCCAGUGUCCUGAGGGAACAGAGUGUAACCAUGAGGAUGGAAGCUGCCAGAGGCAAUGUCCCGCCGGCUUCUACGGUCAGGACUGCGACAAACCUUGUUCCAAGGGAAGAUAUGGGCCCAACUGUGUGUAUAGCUGUGACUGUGGAAUCGGAGACUGUGACAAAACCACAGGGGACUGUAUCUGUAAGGCUGGCAAGACUGGACCUCAGUGCACAGAGAACUGCCCAGAGGGACGUUGGGGCAUCAACUGUAGAAACGACUGUUCCUGUCAGAAUGGAGCGACCUGUAACAUCAUCAAUGGGGAGUGUGAAUGUCAGCCGGGGUACUUCGGACGCACUUGCACCGAUAUUUUAACCUCAGGAUGCCCAGUUGGCAGAUAUGGCAUCCAGUGCAGGUUCCAGUGCCAGUGUGAGAACGGGGGAGAGUGUGACCCCGAGACAGGAAAUUGCCGCUGUAAGCCGGGCUACACUGGAACAUACUGCAGAACAACCUGUGGCCUGUUGAAAUGGGGCGCUAACUGUGAGAACACCUGCUACUGUGACAACAGCGCUGCGUGUGAUGCCAUCACUGGGCAGUGUCUGUGUGAGUCAGGAUGGACCGGAGAGAGAUGUCAUCUACCCUGCCCCCAGGGUCUGUAUGGUCCAGGCUGCCUGCGGGAGUGUUCGUGUGAGCACGGCGCUCAGUGUGACCACAUCAGCGGAGCGUGCGUCUGUACGGAGGGCUGGAGAGGAACCUACUGCGAAAGAGCUUGUCCUGAUGGUUUCUAUGGCCUGGGCUGCCAGGAGAGAUGUACCUGUAAGAACGGCGCCAGGUGUAACCACAUCAACGGGGACUGUACCUGUCCACCGGGGUGGCUCGGAGAGGAGUGCGAAAUACCCUGUCAGGGAGCGACCUGGGGUGAAGACUGCACCAACCAGUGCAGCUGUCAGAACGGAGCCACCUGUAACAACAUCAAUGGGCAGUGUCUCUGUCCACCUGGCUUCCGGGGGAAACAAUGUGAACAGGAAUGCCAGGCUGGUUAUUAUGGAGUGAACUGUGCCCAGCGCUGCAUCUGUCGUAACGGCGGGGACUGUAACCCCGUCACAGGGUCAUGUUCCUGUUCCUCUGGAUACAGGGGCAUCGCUUGUGAACUCAAGUGUGACCCUGGCACAUUUGGCGUGUCCUGCCGAGAGGUGUGCGACUGCGAGAACGAGGGAACAUGCGAUGCGGAGACCGGAAAAUGUCGCUGCAAGUCUGGCUUCCUGGGAGAGAAGUGUGAACAAAGAUGUGAGGAGGGCUACUUUGGAGAGGGGUGUAAACAGAAGUGUCAGUGUGAACACGCAGCAUUCUGUAGUCCUGUGAACGGGCGCUGCACCUGCUUGCCAGGCUGGAGGGGCCGGCGAUGUAACAAAGCCUGUGUGACUGGUUUCUAUGGUUACGACUGUGAGCAGAAGUGCAGCUGUCCGAACGGCCGUCCGUGUCACCACGUCACCGGCAACUGUAAAUGUCCACCUGGCUUCAGCGGAGACGCCUGCGAACGACCCUGCCCUGCUGGCACCUGGGGCGACACCUGUAAGAACUUCUGCAGCUGCUACAACGAGAACACCCGCUGUAACCGUGUCACCGGGGCAUGUGACUGCAAGAAUGGCUUCAAGGGAGAGAACUGUGAUCAAGUGUGUGAAGCCGGCACGUAUGGCCAGGACUGUGUCCACACCUGUGACUGCGAGAACGGUGGGGAGUGUGAUGUCAAGACUGGCAAGUGUACCUGUCUACCUGGCUGGGUGGGGCCCAGGUGUGAACAAGAGUGCCCUCCCCACAAGUACGGGCUGAACUGUGAGCAGUCAUGUGACUGUCAUAACGGCGGGAGCUGCCAUCAUGUGUCGGGGGUGUGCAGCUGUCCCGCAGGCUUCUACGGCAGCAAGUGUGAAACACCAUGCCCUGUAGGCAGGUUUGGCGUAGGCUGCAGCUCCGAAUGUGAGUGUUUGAAUAACGGGCUGUGUGACCCCAGGAACGGCACCUGUAACUGUGCAGUGGGAUGGACGGGCGACAUCUGUUCUCAAGAGUGUUCGUUUGGCAGGUUUGGUUCCAACUGCGAGCUGGACUGUAACUGUCAGAACGGAGCCGGCUGUGACCGGUUUACUGGCUGCUGCAAGUGCACCCCCGGGUUCUACGGACAGUUCUGUGAAAUGAGUUGUCCAGACGGUUUCUAUGGCGACCAGUGCCAGAAACCCUGUAACUGCCUGAACGGUGCGACCUGUGACCCCACCACUGGGCAGUGUUUGUGUCCAGCAGGAUUCAGGGGAGACUUGUGUCAAGAAGGUUGCCCAGCGGGUUUGUACGGACCGAACUGCCUGAAAUCCUGUGACUGUACAAGAACUGACACCACGUGUGACGCUGCCACUGGAAAAUGUCGGUGUCCACCGGGUUACGGGGGAGAAAAAUGUGAAAGAGAAUGCUAUGAGGGCGAGUACGGCCCAGACUGCAUGUACACAUGUGACUGUGAACACAGCGCUCGGUGUGAUGCUGUCACCGGCACCUGUCUAUGUGUCAACAGAUGGUACGGCUCCAGCUGCACUAUAGGAGGGCCAUUGCGGUCAGGACACACCGUCAUCAGGACAUUCUCUGCGUAUUCACUGGAAAGGGAGGAACUGGAAUCCGGCCAGACAGGAAGAUAAUAUGGAGACGUGAAAUUCGUCACAAAAAAAAAAAGAAACAAAAACAGAAAAUUCGUUCUUCGCUGGUAUGCACUGCACAGGGCGUCCGGAGUACUUGUUUGUGUGGAGUUGUUACAUGGUACAAAUGUGAUAUAUUAUAUCUAUAUAUAAUGUUAUAUUAUGUAAUGUGCAAAGCAAAUGCAGAUGUUGUCAAAGGAGAUAAAAACGUCUUAAGAAAGGUGGCAGGUAGAUAGAUAGUCUUAAAGUGUCUUCUCAAGGUGUCUUAUGUAAAAUACUUGCUUGGUAGGUGGCACAUGGAUUAUGUAGAGUGGGUACCAAAGAUAGCCUAAGCGUUUAUAGGGUUUUGAAACAGUAUAUAUACAAAUCAUGUCUAACCAAUUGUUUUAAAUGAGCUUUCCUGAAUAUACCAAGUCAACCCACAGAAGGUUCUGUGAUUUGGACCAAAAUGCUGUUAUGUGGAAGGUACUCAAAGAUUGCUAUAUAACGUAUUUGUGAAGAACGAGUUCAAAGCAAAACAAAUUUAGCUGGUCUUAUAACAUACACACAUGUACAUGUAAGUUUCCAUUUGUUUGCAUUUCUGAGAGUUAUAAGAAAAUGAUGAAUGUGUUGUAAAAUGUCUCAAAACAAGCUUGACUUUUUCACAUAAGUAGGAAACUAAUAGCCUCAAAGAGCCGUGUAAACUGAGGGGAACUUAUUUUUUCAUCCGAGUCACAGAAUAGCAAGAUGGUCCAACAUAUGUAUUGCCUGUAUGUAGCAUGUUUAUGUUUAGUAUACAUAUCUCUUAUAUCAGUAUUCUUGUACCAAUGACAAUUCCAAAGACACUAAAACUCAGGCAGAAAGAAGUCUUACAAUGUAUUGUUAAACAAUAGAUUCUUGAUCCUGAGUGGAUACUGAUAGUAAUAUUAUUGACUACACCAUUCACAUGGCUUGUCUGAAUUAUAUUAUACAAAGUAUAACAUUUAGUAUUACCCCUUUUGAAGACCAUACAAAUACUCCUUGGAAAAGCAACAAGAAGGAAAAACUUUUAAACGCAAGGUACUUGAUACUAGAAAUGAAGAACGCGGAAGCGAAACGUUGAUGUCUCUAGCAACGCAGGUGAAAGUGUUUUUCCAAGGAGUUGUCUUGUUGUGUUGUAAUUGUGUAAACAACUGUUUUCUUGUAAACAAGGAUACGUGGAACAAGAGGUAAUAUUUAUUCUCCAUGUUACACUAGGGCACACACAUUGUGAUGCAAUGGUUAUGUCAUGAAUAUGUUAAUAUCCUCACAUCAGGGCACAGAGUUAUUCUAUAUGGACGAAGAGUGGAUACCACUCAGUUAUUAUCUAUAUUUCUGAUGGUGCUGUUUUGUAUUCUUCCUUACAUAGACUUGGGUAACCCAAAAUGUACCUUAUUGUGUAUCUUAACCUCUGAAGUUAAAUUCUACAGGCAAGCGUCUGUAGGUUUUAAUUAUGUUUUAAAGUUUUUAAACUCUGUAAGUUCUACACAGAGAAAAUUUUUAGGUAUCAUUGACAUUUUAACCUAAAAGAAUUUUAUGUUACACUUAUAUAUUCAAACAUGGUCCAACAGUUGCAUUGUUUUGUCUUCCUGGAAAGUUGCCCAAAGGGAAAGAAUUUGUACAUUUAUUUGUCAUUUUGUAUAGAACUUUCUUGUUAUAUUUAGAAUUGUAACCAUACCAUAUUGUACUAUUAUUUUGUUGUCUUUAAUGUAUCAUUUUUUGUAGUUAGCCAUAUUUUGUUGGAUUUUGGAGCUUUGCUAAAUAUUUUAUUUGUAUGAAGAUGACACGCUAUGCUAGCGCUCUUGCUGUUUAUGCUAAUGAGGGAUUGAUAUAUCUAAACGAGUAUAUGCCAUCACCCCUGAUGCGUCGCCAAAAACACAAACCAGGGUAUGCUAAUUAGGGAGAUGAUCCAUAGUGAUUGGCUCCUUCCUAACCAAUCAGGAAGCCUAAAGCCAUUUGGAACAGGUAUUAUGUUGAAAAAUUGACCACUAAGUCUUCCUGUAAAGGCCACUUUAUACACUCAGUAAUAUACACAAGCAUAAAUUGAAAAGGUUUCGUAAGCAUUUAAACAUCACAUUUCUCCCACCAUUUUGAUUGUAGAUAUUUGGAUCAACAAUAAACGGUGCUUGGGCAGUAAACACUGCAAGA